GGGUUGGGAAAUAUGAAAUGCAUCUUCAUCAUCUCUGUAUGUUUAUGGGAAACCCCAUACACUGCGAAUGAGGAGUAAUGAUUUGUAUAAACUUAAUGCAUGAUGACCAUCGACUAUUUACCACGUUGGCACAUUAGCAUUUUAAUUAGCUCUCCUGUCGUUAUAAGAUCGCGUAGUUUUGUAGGAAGCGAGUUAAAUUGUGAUAAACUAUAUUCAUGAAGUUAUUAUUGGCCUUAAACCUGAAAGAACAAGGACAUUCGUUGUUCAGAGUGUGCUCGAAAUUGCGGACCAAGCUGAGAUUUCUUGGUCAAAUAUAAUAUAUUGGUGUUAUUGAGUUUAAAAAAAUAAACCAUGCAGAAAUUUUUGGUACAGAAAAUGCCCAUGCUGUAUUUUCAUAUAUUUGUGUCCAUUUUUUUAACGUUGCAAAAUAUCAAUCCAAUUUUGACUCAAGCUGGUGCAAAUUGUGACCCUCUUCAAGCAAAGGGCACUAACGUUCUGUGCACUCCUCCACCUGGAUUUGUUCCAAGUCCUACAGAUUGUUCUCAAGAAUCCGUUCCUGGAACAAUCGCGUCUUAUGCCUGUCGUAAUCCAAGGGGCGAAGUGCUUCGAGGUUGGUUAAAUUGCACAAAUGAAGGCUACUGGAUUUCCACUACCAGUUCCGGAAACAAUUCUUUGUGCAAUUUAGAUGCUGCAAUUAUAAAUAUUCAGAGUCCGGACGUAGCGGUUGCUUUUGGACCACCGGGUUUCACGACGCCAACCCCAGACACAAAAUUACUGCAGACAGAUUUUAAAUUUUUGAACGAUUUUGAAAAAGUCGGUCUUCAGUUACACAAUGUAUUUAGGAGAAAUCAUGGAGUGCCUUUCAUUGCAAUGGCCCCAUUGAUGAAUGAAGUUGCUCAAGAUUUGGCUGACUUUAUCGCAUUUGGAAACUCUUCGACCAUAAAUGCUGAUCGGAAACUUUCACUUGUUAAUUCUACUUCAAAUAUCGAAAUGAAUUGGUAUUUACAACAACCAGCUUCUCUGAAUCCGGUCGAAUCAGUUAGCAAUGCCGUCCAAAGUUGGUAUUCAACAGGAUUUCCAGAGUAUGACUGGAACAAUGUUGGCAACAAUUUAGACAAAGGAAACGUCCUCAGUUUUUCAAGAGUGAUUUGGAAAUCAACAAAAUUUGUUGGAAUUGGAGUGACAAAUUUCAACGACGUAACAUUCGUGGCUGCAAUCUACACGCCAGGUCGACAUAUUGGGAGCACAGAUCCUAUUCAAGAAUUCCAAAGCAAUGUGCUUCCAAUAAAAAUUGGUUCGGGAUAAUACAUAAAAUCAUACUUUUAAAAGAAAUAAGUAUUUAAUAUGUACAUAAAACAAAGCGACAAUAUAUCAUUUCUAAUAAGAAGUUGUUGGUUCGGAGAAUUAACCUCGGUCCAUACUUCACAUCAUUGUGACAAUGACAUUGUCAUGUCAAAAUUGGGCUCAAUCCAUUUUGCUCAUUUAUGUAACUUUUGGAGAUAUUCUUGAAUUCGAAUAGACGUUCGUUCGAAGUUGCUGGACAACACCAGUUAAUUCUUAAUAAAGGCUAAAGGUUUUUUUAAAACUCAUGUCCAAUUCACACUCUGGGGGCGUUUAGUAUAGUCUGUUAUGGUACUUUUCGCAUCACAAUGGAUUCGCCAUUCGUAUUAAGUGUCAUCUUCUGUUUCGGAGUCUUUGGCCAGAAUACUGGAUCUCAAUUGACUGAAGUACCCGCACCAGAAUAUUUUUGGGAUCAAUUACUACAACCCCCAUUGGACCCUUUGCUGAUUGACUACAUUGCUUUAUCUCUGGAACCUGAACAAUGCCAAACAGUUUUUGCAAUGCUGACAAUUCAAGACUCUGCUCAAAAGAUGCACCAAUAUGUUAAUCUGUCAUCAACCAAAGAGUACGCCAGUUAUCUGAAAGAAGCUCACACAAUGCUAAAUGAUGCCUCUUCCAAUGUGGAUGAAUUCGACUGUGUCGAUUCUUUGACAUUCUGGAACGAGAAGAUGGUUGGAAAAUUACCAAAGGAAAAGAUUGAUCAACUUGAUUUUGCAGAAGUCGUGCUGUCUGUCGCCCUGUCCGCAAUAGAAAGAUCUGACUUGAAAGACUGGCUUCAUAUGCGAAUACAGCAAAUAAAACACGAAGAUUUGGAGGAGCUGAAAGAUGAGAUCGAGAGUCACACGGCAUAUAUAUUUCCACCAUUAAACGCUACUCAGAACAACAAGUACGACCACCGUCAUAAUUCAACUUUGGCAACGAUUUCCCCCAAAUCGGAUUCUUCUUUAGGAAAAUUCAUCACAUUUCUAACAAUUCUUGUCUUCGUUGGGCUCUGCAUUUGUGGAUUUUUAAUCACAGUCUUAACAUGUCGUUCAAAUCGUGAUGCAUCAUUUUUCCAACCAAAGUUCUACAAUCCCAAUGGAAAUCAUCAGGGUUCAACCGAGAAAUCAGGGAAAUCAACUGAAAAGGCUUCCGCAACAAAUAACAGGGCACAACAUAAUUCAAUAUUUAUAUUAAAUGAAAAUGUCGAAGAUUUAGAAUUACGUCCUUUGCUAGACAGAACAGAAAUCGUUUAAAAUGCGAAUGAUCAAUUGAUGUAAAAGCAUUUUUAAAAAUAAUUAAAAAUAAAAAGAUUUUUAUUUAAUAAAGUGUACACAUUGUAAAAUAAAUUUGAACAAGGUUUUUAAAGGUUGGACAAAAGUCAAUGAAAAAUACAAUUUUGCAUUGCUUAAAAAGCUACGUGAUAAUGAGGUAAAGUUUUCAUAUGGA